AUGGCGUUGAUCGCUUCUCAUCCACGAGCCCCUGCCCGUCCGUCAACAAGCCACUCGUCUCGUCGUCGAGCUCCUGCAGAGCAGAACACGAACGUUCGUUGCACGAUGACGCACGGUGCACAAUGUGUUUGUCAAAUAUGCACUUGCGGGCGACAUAAAUGUCCACACUACAGAAAUGCCAGCAGCCUUUCUUUUGGCGAUGAUCAGAGCAUGCACUUCCCGAGCAAGGCAUCCACGAGUGUACAUUGUGCGACAAGUGUUGAAGGGGAUCGUUCGCAUAACAUGUCAAAUGAUGCAAGGAGCCGGCACAUCACAAGUUUGGCGUUAAAACAACGAAACCAAACUUCUCAGAUUUUUCAUAUCGAUGCAAAUAACUACGCCAUUCGUAGAAACGAAGUGGGUAAAGCUCAAGUAUCAAGUCUUCCGAAUGGAGUUGAACAGAACGGUACUAAUGAUAGUAGAAAGUCGAAUGCAGUACAGGAGUCAAAUGUAACAAAGGAAAAACAUACGAAGGUGAAAAGAACAGAGCUGAGUGAAACCAUGGGACAAGGAAUAGAGAAGACGACAAAAACAGGGAUUGAGCAGAACACUCAAUCGUCGACGACCAGCAGAGAAGAGCGGAAGCAAGGAUCAUCAAACGGAAUAUUCAAAGAAGAAAGCGAUCAUUUAAUAACCAACACCAAAACGGUCAAAAAGGCGGAAGAAGGAAAUUUGCAAAGGGAAGUCUCAGAAGACGACAAUCACAACAAAAUAAAAGUAGCAAGACAAGACGGUUACUGUCCAACGGAGGAAAAACAUAGCAACAAGUUUAGGGUUGGAAGCGAGGAAGCUAACAUUCCGCACGGACGCAACAACACAUAUCGAACAAAAGAGUCGCAUAUUAUAAAAGGAGGCAGGAACCACAUGGAAGAAACAACAAAAAACUGCGACGAUACAACCACCAAGGGAGGAGAAUAUGACAAGAAAAUCUCUAGUAACGGUUAUAUCAAGAUAAACAAGGAAACUAAUGAAGAAAAAUCAGGGAUCAAGAACGCGACAAGUCAGUACGUCAUAGUUAGAAGAGGGCACACCGAUACAAAACGUUUGAUGCAUUCCGAUAUACUGAAAAAAGAUGAUUCCUUAAAAGAAAAGAAGGCACAGAACGAGUAUCAAACAGUUAAGAGAGAAAACAACGACGAAAAGCGUGCGGAAGAAUCCGAGAUCUUCGCAACUGGCGGAACAUUCACAGGCAAGACGAUAAACCAGAAGGAAUAUACUAUAGACAAAGGAGGGCGCAAUGAGACCAAGCGUCCAAAAGACUCAGAUAUUUUCGCAAACGGGGCACCUAUCACAGGUAAGACAGUGAAUCAGCAGGAACAAGGCGUAGUGAAAGGAGAGCGAUACGACACCAAGCGUCCGAAAGACUCCGAUAUUUUCGCAACCGGCGGAUCCUUUAUGGGUAUGACGGUGAAACAGAAAGAAUAUGUUGCAGUAAAAGGGGAGCGCUAUGAAACUAAGCGUCCGAAAGAUUCGAAGAUCUUCGAAGGUGAAGGCUCCUUCACGGCGAAGGCGAUGAAACACCGGGAAUAUCCUAUAGUUAAAGGAGAGCGAUAUGAGACCAAGCGACCGAAGGACUCAGAUAUUUUCGCAAACGGGGGAACUUUCGCAGGAAAGACAAUGAAUCAGCAACAGCACGCCACGGCGAAAAGAGAGCGCUACGACACCCAACGUACAAAAGAAUCGAAAAUUUUCAAAAAUGGCGGAUCCUCAAAAGCCAAGACAAUGAACGCAGCAAAAUUGAGAGCGUUACGACACCAAGCGUCCGAAGGAUUCGAAAUCCUCAAAGGCGAUGGCUCGUUCAUGGACAAGACGAUGAACCAGCAGGAGUACGUGACAGUGAAAGGCGAGCGUUACGACACCAAGCGUCCGAAGGAUUCCGAAAUCCUCAAAGGCGAUGGCUCGUUCAUGGACAAGACGAUGAACCAGCAGGAGUACGUGACAGUCAAAGGUGAGCGCUACGACACCAAGCGUCCGAAAGAUUCGGAGAUCUUCGCAGGUGACGGGUCCUUCACCGACAAGACAAUAAAUCAGCAAGAAUUUGUAAGUGUGAAGGGAGAGCGUUACGACACCAAGCGUCCGAAGGAUUCCGAAAUCCUCAAAGGCGAUGGUUCGUUCAUGGACAAGACGAUGAACCAGCAGGAGUACGUGACAGUCAAAGGCGAGCGUUACGACACCAAGCGUCCGAAGGAUUCUGAAAUCCUCAAAGGCGAUGGCUCGUUCAUGGACAAGACGAUGAACCAGCAGGAGUACGUGACAGUCAAAGGUGAGCGCUACGACACCAAGCGUCCGAAAGAUUCGGAGAUCUUCGCAGGUGACGGGUCCUUCACCGACAAGACAAUAAAUCAGCAAGAAUUUGUAACUGUGAAGGGAGAGCGUUACGACACCAAGCGUCCGAAGGAUUCCGAAAUCCUCAAAGGCGAUGGCUCGUUCAUGGACAAGACGAUGAACCAGCAGGAGUACGUGACAGUCAAAGGCGAGCGUUACGACACCAAGCGUCCGAAGGAUUCUGAAAUCCUCAAAGGCGAUGGCUCGUUCAUGGACAAGACGAUGAACCAGCAGGAGUACGUGACAGUCAAAGGUGAGCGCUACGACACCAAGCGUCCGAAAGAUUCGGAGAUCUUCGCAGGUGACGGGUCCUUCACCGACAAGACAAUAAAUCAGCAAGAAUUUGUAACUGUGAAGGGAGAGCGUUACGACACCAAGCGUCCGAAGGAUUCUGAAAUCCUCAAAGGCGAUGGCUCGUUCAUGGACAAGACGAUGAACCAGCAGGAGUACGUGACAGUCAAAGGCGAGCGUUACGACACCAAGCGUCCGAAGGAUUCCGAAAUCCUCAAAGGCGAUGGCUCGUUCAUGGACAAGACGAUGAACCAGCAGGAGUACGUGACAGUGAAAGGCGAGCGUUACGACACCAAGCGUCCGAAGGAUUCCGAAAUCCUCAAAGGCGAUGGCUCGUUCAUGGACAAGACGAUGAACCAGCAGGAGUACGUGACAGUGAAAGGCGAGCGUUACGACACCAAGCGUCCGAAGGAUUCCGAAAUCCUCAAAGGCGAUGGCUCGUUCAUGGACAAGACGAUGAACCAGCAGGAGUACGUGACAGUCAAAGGCGAGCGUUACGACACCAAGCGUCCGAAGGAUUCUGAAAUCCUCAAAGGCGAUGGCUCGUUCAUGGACAAGACGAUGAACCAGCAGGAGUACGUGACAGUCAAAGGUGAGCGCUACGACACCAAGCGUCCGAAAGAUUCGGAGAUCUUCGCAGGUGACGGGUCCUUCACCGACAAGACAAUAAAUCAGCAAGAAUUUGUAAGUGUGAAGGGAGAGCGUUACGACACCAAGCGUCCGAAGGAUUCCGAAAUCCUCAAAGGCGAUGGCUCGUUCAUGGACAAGACGAUGAACCAGCAGGAGUACGUUGACAAGUAA